CUGAACGUCCCACGGUCCGUGAACGUCUCAGAGGUGUUCUGGGUUGUGCCGGCGGUUCAUCGUGGAGACCACCUGGAAGCAAGCAGCCGUCUGACACAAUAUAAAGCACUAAUGAAAUGCUGCUUCUGAGAUGCUGCCCGAGACUGACUCGACUGAGCCCUCUCAGUAACACACAGAGGUCUCAAGUAACUCCUGCAGUGGCGUCAUGUGCAGUUCGCCUCUGGAGCAGCAGCAGUGAUGACCAGUACCAUCGCGCCCACGGUCGCAGUUGGAGACAUGCUGUGGCAGGACUUCUGGCCGGGACAGGGGCUGUUUUGGCUUAUGGCAUCCACCAUCACAAGGCUGAGAAGGCAGACAACAACAGAGUACAGACUCUGGAAAAAACUUCCACUCUUCCUAUUUUCAGCCAAGAAGAUGUUGCUAAACACCGUUCUCCAGAAGACGGCAUUUGGGUCACUUACAAAGGUGGCGUCUAUGACAUUACUGACUUUGUGGCCAUGCACCCUGGUGGAACUAAAAUCUUACUAGCGGCAGGUGGAGCCCUUGAACCGUUUUGGGCGUUGUAUGCUGUACACAACCAGGAACAUGUGCUGGAAAUCCUCUCAGAAUAUAAGGUUGGUGAGCUGAGUGCAGAAGACCAGAAGAAGCAGCAGGACGUUAAAUCAUCUGACCCCUACUCUUCAGAUCCUGAGCGGCAUCCUGUCCUGCGUAUCAACAACCUGAAGCCCUUCAAUGCAGAACCUCCACCUGAAAUCCUCUCAGAGAGCUACAUAACCCCCUCUGCUUUCUUCUUCAAAAGAAACCACCUGCCCGUUCCACAGGUGGACCCGGCCUCAUAUCGGCUACAGGUGGAGGGGUUACCCGGAGGGGUUCUCACACUGUCCUUGGAAGACUUGAAGACUCGAUUUCCAAAACGCACAGUCACUGCCACACUGCAGUGUGCAGGCAACCGCCGCUCUGAGAUGAACAAAGUGAAGCUGGUCAAAGGCCUGAACUGGGGCAUCGCUGCCAUCAGUAACGCCACAUGGGGCGGAGCCAGCCUCAGGGAUGUGCUGCUGGCUGCUGGUUACAGACCAGAUGUGGCGCAGUGGGCUCGCCAUGUCCAGUUUGAAGGACUGGACAAAGACGUGACGGGGACGACCUAUGGCGCGUCUAUCCCCAUUAACAAAGCAGUGAGUGAGGACGGUGAUGUACUCCUGGCUUACGAGAUGAACGGUGAGGAUCUUCCUGCGGACCAUGGGUUUCCUGUCCGUGUGGUAGUCCCAGGAACAGUGGGUGCGCGAAAUGUGAAGUGGCUGGGUAAGAUUGUUGUGAGCACAGAGGAAAGCAACAGUCACUGGCAGCAGAACGACUACAAGGGCUUCUCUCCGGCGACCGACUGGGACACGGUGGACUUCAAGUCUGCCCCAGCUAUCCAGGAGCUGCCCAUCCAGUCCGCUAUCACCACCCCAGCAGACGGGGCUGUGGUGGACCGCAGCGACGAAGAGCUGACCGUGAAGGGCUACGCCUGGAGCGGCGGAGGCAGGGAGGUGGUACGCGUCGAUGUGUCUCUGGACGGAGGGAACACGUGGCAUGUGGCCCAGCUGAGAAGCAGUGACAAGGGACAAGCUCCAGAGCCUUCACCUGCACCGGGACGAGCCUGGGCCUGGAAGCUGUGGGAGGUAACGGCUCCUCUUCCACCCGAGACUCAGGAGCUGGAGAUCGUGUGCAAGGCAGUUGACAACAGUUACAACAUGCAACCAGACACAGUUCCUCCCAUCUGGAAUCUGAGGGGCGUGUUGAGUAACGCCUGGCACCGAGUUAAGGUGCAGAUCAGAGAGGACGAGAGUGACGAAUAGACUGUAAAAUACAGACAUUUGAAACGUUUGUUCAUAUUCUGACACUUUUCUGCAGUGGGAAAACAGAGAAGAAAAGUUCACAACAUAUUUGAUGCACAAUGUUGACGUUUAUAUGCAGUGUAUAUGUACAAUUUUUAGAGCUUUGAAUCUACAACAAAGACUGAUGAAGGCUGCAAAUGACCAAAACAUGUCCAGUUUGUCCAGUGGUGAGUCACUCACACUGUAGUCUUAAAAACAUUCAGUUCAUUCUGAAUUCUUGUCAUUUGUAGGAAAAAAUGCUUAUUUUUCUAAUCGGUAGCAACAACCCUUAUAUGAGUAUGUAAGGGUUGAAUUUGUGGUUUAUGAUUAAUACUUAUCAUGAGUUAUUGAAAAGUAUAAUUUUAAGUAGUAUAAUAGAAAUGAAGGAUUAAAGAGUGGUAAGUUUGGAGAAUGUACCUCAGCGAUAACUGGAGGUUAUGAGAACUGAAGCAACUUGACAUUGAAAACAGUAAAUGUUCUUUUAUUUGCAGUACGAGGAUGUUAAAAUAAUAACUUUAUGGGAGUGUAAAAACUCUGCUGCUGUGGAGCUCUAGGACAAGUUAACUUAGGAGCAUGCAUGCCCAGUGAGGCUACAGAUGUCUGAUGUCUACCACAUGUCUUUGUGUUUUGACAAAUAUGAGUGUCUGGACAGGGAGACAUUUCUGAGAUAAAAAACAGACCUGGAUGCUUUGAAGAAAACUGACAAAAAACUUUGAGUUCUUUCUCAUUCUCUUCCAACACAAGUAUAGGCUGUUUACAAGACAAAUCUGUUAAAGCUGCUGAAUGCCUGCCUUGUUAUCAGCUCGUGGAUUACUCUUUCUAUUAUGUAAAAUGCACAAUAUUGUUAAAAAGGAUGAAUAAAGAACUAUAAUUUUACACUGAA